UGUUUUGCUCAUUUUGCCUCAAAACAAACGAAGAAGCGUUCUGUUUUUCCUAAAACCCAAAGUUGUAGAAUUCUUGAGUGGAAGUUGGAGUGUCCAAUGGAGUGGAUUCGUGGGGAGACGAUUGGGUGUGGAAGUUUCGGCACUGUCAAUUUGGUGCUACCCAAAAAUGGCUUCUCAAAAUCUCCUUUAAUGGCUGUUAAGUCUUGCCAACUAAUCGACUCUGUUUCGCUGAAGAACGAGAAGGAAGUGCUUGAUAGAAUCGGUUCUUGCCCCCAAAUCAUCCGUUGUUUAGGUGGAAAUCAUACAGUCGAAAAGGGUGUGAGGUUGUAUAAUUUGUUCUUGGAGUACGCUGAUAAAGGAAGCUUGGCUGAUCAGCUGAAGAAAAGCGGCGGGAACUUGAUGGAAUCCGAUGUUAGGAGAUACGCAAGAUCGAUACUUAAAGGGCUACGCUUUGUUCAUUCAAAAGGGUUCGUUCACUGUGAUAUUAAGCUUCAAAAUAUUCUUUUGUUUGGUAAUGGUGAUGUGAAGAUAGCUGAUUUUGGAUUGGCAAAGAGAAAUGGGGAAGAAGAAGAAGAGGGAGAACAGAGGAGGAUGGAAAUCAGGGGAACUCCUCUCAAUAUCGCACCAGAGUCGGUCAAUGAAAACGUGUAUGAUUCAGCUGUUGAUAUUUGGGCACUUGGAUGUGCCAUUGUUGAGAUGUUUACUGGGAAAGCAGCUUGGAAUUUCAAACCAGGGACAAACAUGGCGGCUUUGUUGUUUAAGAUUGGGGUUAGCGAUCAAUUGCCUGGAAUUCCUCAAGAUUUAUCCGAGGAAGGAAAAGAUUUUCUUAGAAAAUGCUUCGUUAAGGAUCCGAAGAAGCGAUGGACGGCCGAGAUGCUCCUGGAUCAUCCAUUCAUCUCUUGUGAUGAUGAGAUCGUUUCAAAUUCAAUGAAUCGAUGCGAAGAAGAAGAAGAAUCAACAUCCUCGAGAUGUUCAUUUGAAGAAUUCUCAGCUUCACCAAAAUCUCCUUUUGAUUUCCCAGAUUGGGUUUCAUCUCAAUCAACAGCUUCUUCUCAAUCAAGCUCUGUUCCUUCAUUUUCGAGUUACAUUUCAUCACCUUCGGAUCGGAUUCAUGAAUUGGCUUGUGAUGAAGCGGCAGCCAAUUGGCCAGUUUCAGAGAGCUGGAUCACACUGAGGUAGAAGAAAGAAGAGAAAAUUAGAGUUUCAUGGCCUUCAAUCAAAUCUGAUGGCUUUGUCCAAUUGAUUUUCCAUUGCAAUUGGUGAUGAUUUUUAAUGUAAAUGAUUAGUAAAAACAUAGAUAAACUGA